CCCAUGGCGUGUGGGGAAUGCAACGCUUCGGCACCCGCUCAGGAUCCAGCACGCACGAACAUCAUCCACUUCCAGCACAGAGAACUGAAGUGCAGAUAGCAGAACCCAGCUGCAGGGUGAAUCAUGAUUCCAGUCACUGAAUUGCGCUACUUUGCUGACACUCAGCCAGCAUACCGCAUCCUGAAGCCAUGGUGGGAUGUCUUCACAGACUACAUUUCCAUAGUGAUGCUGAUGAUUGCAGUGUUCGGAGGGACGCUUCAGGUCACCCAGGACAAAAUGAUUUGUUUGCCCUGUAAAUGGGUUACCAAAGACUCUUGCAAUGACUCAGUCAGAGGUUGGACAGCUGCAACCUCAGAGCGUACCUACUAUAACUCUAGUCUUGUUCCCUCUACUGAUACAGGGCCUACGGGGAUUCGAUAUGAUUUGGACCGGCACCAGUAUAACUAUGUGGAUGCGGUGUGUUAUGAGAACCGUCUUCACUGGUUUGCCAAGUAUUUUCCUUAUCUGGUGCUGCUGCAUACUCUCAUCUUCCUGGCUUGUAGCAACUUCUGGUUCAAAUUCCCAAGGACCAGCUCCAAGCUGGAGCAUUUUGUGUCUAUUUUGCUUAAGUGUUUUGACUCUCCGUGGACAACGAGGGCAUUAUCUGAGACAGUGGUGGAAGAGAGUGAUACCAAGCCAGCAUUUGGGAAAAUGAAUGGCUCCAUGGACAAGAAAUCCUCCACGGUCAGUGAGGAUGUGGAAGCCACUGUUCCCAUGCUGCAGAGAACAAAGUCUCGAAUUGAGCAAGGGAUUGUGGACCGGUCUGAGACUGGUGUCUUGGACAAAAAGGAAGGUGAACAGGCCAAAGCACUCUUUGAGAAAGUGAAAAAGUUCCGCACGCAUGUGGAAGAGGGAGAUAUAGUUUAUCGCCUGUACAUGAGACAGACCAUCAUCAAAGUGAUCAAGUUCAUUCUGAUCAUCUGCUACACUGUUUACUAUGUCAACAACAUAACGUUUGAUGUUGACUGUAAAGUGGACAUUGAGAGCUUGACUGGCUACAGGAUGUACCGCUGUGCUCAUCCUUUGGCCACUCUCUUCAAAAUCCUGGCAUCUUUCUACAUCAGUUUGGUGAUAUUCUAUGGCUUGAUCUGCAUGUACACACUCUGGUGGAUGUUGAGGCGUUCACUCAAGAAAUACUCCUUUGAGUCCAUCCGGGAGGAGAGCAGUUACAGUGACAUUCCUGACGUGAAAAAUGACUUUGCUUUUAUGCUCCAUCUGAUCGAUCAGUAUGACCCCCUCUACUCCAAGCGCUUUGCUGUCUUUCUGUCGGAGGUGAGUGAGAACAAACUGCGGCAGCUGAACCUCAACAAUGAGUGGACUUUGGAGAAGCUGCGCCAGAGGAUCACCAAGAACUCCCAGGAUAAGCUGGAAUUGCAUCUUUUCAUGUUGAGUGGCAUUCCUGACACGGUCUUUGACCUCAUUGAGCUGGAGGUCUUGAAGCUGGAGCUUAUCCCUGAUGUCACUAUUCCCCCAAGCAUUGCUCAGCUCACCAGCCUUAAGGAACUGUGGCUCUACCACACAGCUGCCAAAAUUGAGGCUCCAGCCCUUGCCUUCUUGAGGGAGAAUUUGAAAUCUCUCCACAUCAAGUUCACAGACAUCAAGGAGAUUCCUCUUUGGAUUUAUAGCCUGAAGACACUAGAGGAGCUUCAUCUGACAGGGAAUUUGAGUGCUGAAAACAACCGGUACAUUGUGAUAGAUGGAUUGAGGGAGCUGAAGAGGCUGAAAGUGUUGAGGUUGAAGAGUAACCUCACCAAGCUGCCACAGGUGGUGACAGAUGUUGGUGUGCAUCUUCAGAAGCUUUCCAUCAACAACGAGGGCACCAAGCUCAUUGUUCUCAACAGCCUUAAGAAAAUGGUCAACUUGACAGAACUUGAGCUGAUCCGUUGUGACUUGGAACGCAUUCCUCACUCUAUCUUUAGCCUCCACAAUCUGCAGGAGAUAGACCUGAAGGACAAUAACUUAAAGACCAUUGAGGAAAUCAUCAGCUUCCAGCACUUACAUCGUCUCACUUGCCUUAAAUUGUGGUACAACCACAUUGCCUACAUCCCCAUGCAAAUAGGCAACCUAACCAAUUUAGAACGCCUUUACCUGAAUCGUAACAAGAUAGAAAAGAUCCCUACCCAGCUGUUCUAUUGCCGAAAACUUCGGUAUUUGGAUCUCAGCCACAACAACUUGACUUCCAUACCGCCAGACGUUGGACUUCUUCAAAACCUGCAGAAUCUAGCUGUGACAGCCAACAGGAUUGAGAGUCUCCCACCAGAGCUGUUCCAGUGCAGGAAGCUGAGAACCUUGAACCUGGGAAACAACGUGCUGCAGUCACUUCCGUCCCGGGUUGGAGAGCUGACAAAUCUGUCGCAGAUAGAGCUACGAGGGAACCGCUUGGAGUGCCUGCCUGUGGAGCUGGGAGAAUGUCCUCUGCUGAAACGCAGUGGGCUUGUGGUAGAGGAGGACCUGUUCAACACACUGCCCUUGGAAGUCAAAGAGCGGCUGUGGAGGGCAGACAAAGAGCAAGCUUGAACCCCUGAAAAAAGGGGAAAGCCUCUGACCAACUAGAAGGAAACAAAAGGCCAUUCCAGUCCCCUUUUCCCCAGAUCCUCCCCUUUCUCCCCUCCGAUCUCUACCAGACUAGCCAAGGAGUCCCUGAAAAAACAUGACUCUGAGGCAGCUUCUUGCCUCAGAUGCCAGAUGGGGGAAGCUUGGGAUCAGGAUGAGGAUCAAGACAGAUUAGUCGGCCUCUGAGCAAGGGCCAGUGGGAGUAAGAGGUGUUCCUGUUCUUCUGGACAGGAAGCGGGGUGAGAAGAAAUGACCUUUCAAUGGAAGAGAAAAUGAAAUGUGGGGAUUGCUGCAUUGCUCCAAAUGGGGCUUAUACGUGUCGGGGACUGAGAGUGUCUAGUGUCCUGCAAGCAAAGAUCAAGAGACUAGGAAACCUCUUGAACCUGCGUCUCUGACACCUGGUACUGUUCCCCUCUGACUCAGAGAUUCAGGCAGUGAGGCCCCACAGUGGGGUGGGAUAGGAUACAGACAGCUGGUUUUAUCUAGAUGCUGGCAUUAGGAUUUGGGGGAUAAACUUAUCUCAGACAUCAGCUUGAAUGCAGGAUCUUUUUUUUUUACCAAUUGUCUUUCCCCUUUGCACUCCACACCUUCUCCUCUGCCCCUGGAGAAGGAAUCAAACCCCCCAAACUCUAUCUGCUCAUUUAAGAUUGCACUAUUUUAACUGUUUCAAGUCACUUGUGGUGAUGAGUAGAUCACAUAGCAUCCUUCUCCAGCUGAUGUGCUGGAGGCACUAACUGACAUAAUUCCAGAGCUUUAGGCUGUUCUGAAAUGAAUGGUUAUAGUGCAAGUGGGAGAAAGAUCUGGAUAAAAAGCAGUCGGACUGUCUAAUCUACUCUCCCAGAAGCAUCAAGUUGCUUCAGGAUCUGGCUUUUAAAGUUUUUAAGCUACUUUUAAAUUCCUGCUAUUUUGUCCCAUAUCAAGUAUGAACAUACAACUGGUCAGUGUGUUGAGGUGUCUCCUGGGGUUGGUGGUGUUAGUAAGGAGGAACACUCAGGUUUCCUCUGCACCUCUUGCCCCCCCAUUAAGUUAUUAGAUGCUUUGCCAGUGUUUUUCAUGAAAGCAGUCUACAGAGCCGUUUGAUUGUUCUUUUCUGUUGUCCUCCUCACUUUAACAGCUGUCCGUUCCUGUUACACCUCUUGACCUAAAUAAGAGGCUAAUGCUGAUUGAACUUGGUGCUGGAAAAGAAACCUGUCCUCCUAUUUCUUCCCCUUUUCAUUCCCUCAGCAUUAAGGAGCAGUAUGAGAAUCCUCCAUGGACUGAGCUCCUCUAGAUCCCUGGGACAGAGCAGCCUUUAUUGAAACAAGUCUGACCUGUUUGGUAUUGUUUGACAAAAAAAACAACCUUCUGCACUGACAGAGGUAGAUAACUUGUAAUAGCUACUGAUAAUCAUGUCCUUAAGGUGGAGUGGUUAAGGUGUGCCUACAAUACACCCUAAGUCUGCUCUUUUCCAUCAGAAGGAAGAGGUGGCUCAAGGAUCUGCAGGUCCUGGUUGUAAUACUCUCCAUCAGACCGACAGGUUGGCUCCAAGGUGGAGUGCUGCAAGCUGAGGCAUGAGAAGUUUGGAGGCCUCCCAUGUGUACCAAAGGGGGAAGCUGCAGCCAUCUCCAGAGUGGUUGCUGGCAAGCUGCCAGUGAGUGCCCUGGCUUAGCAAAUCGUGGUGAUCCCUUGGAUGUCGGGGCAAUAAGGCACGCUGUGGCUUUCUUCAUCAGAUGUAAGAGAUGAAGUAUAUACACUAAACAUGCUGAAACCAUGAACAAUGUUAACUGGGCUCUGGAUUUGUUGAUGUUCAGAUGCUUAAAUAAAGCUACAUUAAAAUCCAGGAGAUCUGUUUAUAAAACUGCUUUUAAGAAAGACAUAAAUUCUGCCUCCCUUAGUCCAUUCAUUGUGAAAAGUUUAAACAGUCCAGGGAAGAAUAUAAUUAAAUCUCUUUAUCUGGAAGGCAAGGUACUGUAAGAGCUCUUCUUCUUUCUAACAGGGUUAGCGUCUUGAAAUUGUGUUAGAGUUGGGGCCACUGCUGAAAGGAUGGGGAAGUAUUGAUGCUGAUGCUUCUUGGAUUGUACUCAUUCUAUUUGCACAAGUAUUUUGGCUUAACAGAGAGGGCAGAAAUUGCUAGGUGGGCUUAAUGCUGCUUAAGUAAAGCAGGAAUGGCUUCAGGCUUAGCUACAGUAAUACUGUUUUCUGGUCAGUUCCUUGUGGUCGGUGUGGGGGCUGUUUGGAUUGUGAAGGAAAGUUUUUGGUUUUGUUUUUUUUCCCCUUACUCUGUGCCAAAAGAUAGUGCUGGAGAGUAAUAGCUACUGAAUAGAGGCUUGAACUCUGUUUUGUAUUCAAGGCCACUGGGGAACUGGUUUACAACACAUGUAUUUUAGACUAGGCAGGACUGAAAGGGCAAAGCACCUCACACGAUUUUCACCUAGCUUACAGGAGCAGAGAGAUUUCUUCUGUAUGUCUAGAUCAUUGUAGACGAGCGCUUUGACUCUUGAUUCUAGUUGUGGUCUUAGUUAUACAAACUGAACUUUACACAGCUAUGUUAGAAGUUUCUAUAAGCAGCUCCUGAAAGUAUGCUGCAGCGCUUUUAGAAGCUUGCAAGCCUCCUGAACUGCCGUGUAUCUCAGUGCUGAGUCCAUAGGACAAGUGGACAAUAGGCUGUUCUGCUAGAAGUGAGAGACUGUCUCUAAUUUCUGAUCAAAUAACUGAGCUAUGCUCCUGCUGCUUGCUGAGUAGAGACUGCCCUAUGCCUGAGGUCUACAAAGCAAUUAUAAGACAGGUCAAUAUUGAUCAUGCAUGAAAACACUAGCUUUCUGCUGCUCUUACAAUAUUCCAAGCUCAUUUUUUUUCGGUCAUUGCUGCUAGGGCUUGAGAUAGCUUCCUGUGUGGCAAAAUUGGGAUGAGCAGUCUGAUAACUUCUUGUACCAGAAACACAGGUGGCACAAAAAUACAUUGCCACUCUGGAAGACAGCAAUAUGUGUUAUUUACUCCUGAUACGUGCUUCUUGGUCUUCCCUCAAAUAGAUACUGAUUCCAGAGUAUCAGUCUUGUAUGAUGAGAUGGAAGAAGCUUUAAAACUUCAAGGAUAGGGUCUAAACCAUGAGGUCCUGAACAUGUUUACUGCUCAGGACUCCUGCAAAACUCAACCCACAGCAGAGUGAGUCAUCCACUUCCCAUACUUGUCUGGAUUGCUCAGUCUUUGAGGGAUGAGCUUACAUCAACAAUCCUUCCUCAUUUGCAAGUAUUCAAUCAGUAUACAUUUUUUUCCUUUAAGUUUCCAUCAAACUGAAGUUUAGGGGUUUUAUUUCUGACACUGAUCUGUGCGUUCGGAAAAAAAGUUCAACUUAAGCAGACAAUCAACAGUCUGUUCAGUGUCUUGUUCUCCUGACAGGCUUUUCAAAGCACUCUAGUAGUAGCAAGCCAGAUUAGCUGCUAAACCAUAUGACAACUUGAGUUCAAACCGGCUGUUUCCUUAAUAGCACUUCUGAGCUGAAUGAGUUCUUGGAGCCCCUGCAGAUCACAAGCACGCUCAUCCCAUGUUAGGACCGAAGGUUAGUAAAAUGGAAUUCUACCUUUCCUGCUAAAUACCCCCAAAAGUAAGAAGUUGCAACUAAUUAUUUUGAACCAGCUGAAAGGCGAGGAAUACCAAACCUAUUAAAUGUGUUAAAUCUUGCUGUAUCUCUGAAACUAUGCACUGGAAUGUUAGCUGAAGUUGUUUGUUGUUUAAGAUUGUUUUCUGAUUUUAUUAUUUGGUCCCCAGUUAAUUCAGCAGCUGGAAUUAAUUUGCUCUGCCAGUCUGAAUGGAUAAAUAGCUGUUACAGGUAUCUUUCAUGAUGUGGUGUUCUUUGGUAUUAAUUGUCACUUCCUGAUAAUAUCCUACCUCAUUUUUUAUUUUUUCUUAUCACCAUUUAUACACUCCAUUUAGCUCACUUCAUUUUAAUUAAAGUUCGUGGUGUUCAUUACCAUAAAUAGUAUUAAGUGGCUUUCUGUUGCUGAACCACACUGAGGUCCUUCCCCCCCCCUAACAAAUAAUUCUAGGAAUUUUGAGAACAAUAACACAUCCUUUAGAGAGGAUGAGGUGUAUGGAAAAAAGUUUCAAAUAUUAUUGAUUCAACAGCUGUGACAUUGUUUCCUUACCUUUUUUCUGCUUUGGAAAGGGACUCUGCAUGGUUUGAGUGCUUUGGAUUUUUUUUAGUCCUCCUUCAGGGGAGGAGUAACUUUUUCCCUCAUUAAUAGUUGUACCUUCUCUAGAGAAGAUACAUUAAUGUAACUUCUCCACAGAGGCACUUGCUCCUUCAAGUGUGUGUGUUAUAAUCUCUGCCUGAAGCCAGCUGUUCGCUCUGAUUCUUUUUCUUUCAACCAUGGAGAGAUUUCUUAACUUUUGGUGUGACUUCUCACUGACAAACAAUACUGUCAUACCUUAAACAGUAGUCAUCUACUCUGAAAUGUUACCUAAGGUAAGGCUGUGUGAAUGCUAACUAGUAAAGCUAUUGCUUAAACUUCACUUUUUAUUUUCCUUGUUGCAUUUUAAAAGGAAAAUUUUUUCCCCACUGUUUGGCCGCACAGUGGAUCCCGUAGUUUUACUAAGCAUGUGUCAAAACAGAGUGAGUUUUCUGCCCUGCCUGCAUUCUAACAGUGCAUGAAGCAGAACUGGCACUGGACAAGAGUAUUGUUUGACUCGGACCUUUCUCCCUCCAUCCCUCCAGCUGCAGUGGUAGGUUAAUAUUCAACUGCUUUGGCAGUAAGAAAUCCUCCAGGAAUCUCAUCUCUGAAAUCCCUUUUCAAAAGUAGCUGUACUUGAAUUGCUGGACCCCAAUAGCAAAGGUGAACUUUGUGUGAAUACACACAAAGAAAGGCUUAAUUUAGGAUUUCUGGAAUUACCUUUCCCUUCCUCCCUCUCGGUCUCCUCUAGAAAAAUUUCCCACAUUGUUCAAUAAAAUUCCUUUAGAGAAGACUUAAUGAGAAGGGGGCUGAUGAGCCUGAGUCAUUUUUUACAGCUGACAAAUGUGUCCAUUUAAGACACUACUCAUGGCUUAAACAUUGUUCACUCCCAUUUUGUAAAUGCAUGAGCAGGGUUGUGGUUUGGCAUCCGAGACCUGCAACUUGAUGUAACAUUUCAGAAUCAUGACAUUCACUUUGUAUGUGGGAUUGUUUGGGCAGCUGAUCAACAGCACCUCCACCUUAAGCACUGAAGGCUGCUAUUGUUUUCUCUGAAAGACUUGUAAGACUGGACACUUUAACAGAAUAAAAGUUUUAAUUUUUAAUUUGCA